AUGCAAGCAUUAGCAAAAUGGAGAAGAGUUUCAUACCAAGAGCUUCACCAGGCUACAGACGGAUUUUCUGAUAACAAAUUACUUGGUGUGGGGAGUUUUGGAUCAGUAUACCAAGGUACUCUUUCAGAUGGGUCGAGCAUUGCAGUAAAGGUCUUUAAUUUGGAGUUAGAAGGAGCAUUCAAGAGUUUUGACAUUGAGUGUGAGGUCUUGCGAAACAUUCGCCAUCGACAUUUAGUCAAAAUCAUCAGUAGUUGUUCUAACAUUGAUUUUAAAGCCUUGAUUCUUCAGUUCAUGCCCAAUGGAAGCCUAGAGAAGUGGUUGUACUCUCAUAACGAUUUUUUGGAUAUGCUCCAUAGGUUGAACGUAAUGAUCGAUGUGGCAUCUGCAUUAGAAUAUCUUCAUCAUGGUUAUACAACACCUGUGAUCCAUUGCGAUUUAAAACCCAGCAACAUUCUUCUUGAUGAAGAUAUGAUUGCCCAUUUGGGUGAUUUUGGCAUUGCAAAGCUAUUAGGUGAACACGAUUCAACAAUACACACCAUGACACUAGCAACGAUUGGGUAUAUGGCACCAGGAAGACAAUACUCUGCGACAAGAGAUUGUGCUUUAUCUAUUUUGCAAUUAGCAUUGGAAUGUACAGAAGAAGUUCCAGAGGAGAGGAUUGUUAUGAAAGAAGUUGUUGCUAAGCUGAAGAAGAUCAAAAUCAAGUUUUUACAUGAGUCGAAUAGGCGGGCCUAA